CCCCCCCUCCCUCCCCAUAUGACGUCACGCCCACUCUCGGGUAGACAUGACGUCACGCAACCAUUAACAGACGAAGGAGAGGGCCGCCCUUUCCCUCAAUUCUUCCACCGGUCAACCGCUCGCACUGAUGCCGCGUGCGGCAGCAGCAGCAGCUCGCCCUCGUCGCUCAAACUCUCCGCUUGCCGCGCUCACAUGGACGCCGCUCCGAACAGCGAGUUCGCGGACGACGGCGAGCUCGAGGACGGCGAAAUCGACGACGCGUCCGACGGGGUGUACAACCCCCCCGAGCCUCGUCGUCCCGCCUCCUCGCUCGAGUCGCGGCCGGUAGAGCCGCUCAGGCGAGCGCAGGCUACGCAUCGGGGUAGGCCGCGCUCCUACCACGGCUUCGGCGGCGGCGGCGGCUCUGGGACACUGGGACGAGGGCAUCUUCGUCAGGGGCAUCGUCACGGGCAGCAGCAGCAGCAUCAGCCGCUAGGUGUCUUCCGCCCGAACAAGUCCCGCGGGCUCCUGCCGCGAGCCAAAUGGAGGAGCGGGCGCGGAGCGGGGAGGUCGCGAGGUGGCGGCGUUGUCGGGGCGAGGCCGCGGGGCCUCGCGGCCGGAGAGGUGGAGGCGGGGGAGAACGAGGCUCAGCCGCCCUUGAGGAUGUCCCAGAUGAACUUCCCCCGCAUAAUGCCGGCACGUGGCCCGAACCACGGCGCACGGCCCGAGCCGGAGCACGAGGAGAGCUUCGACGAGCUGCUGGAGACGUACCGCCAGAUCCAGAAGGAGCUGGAGGAGAUCAACCAGGAGGAGAGGGAGGUGGAGGACCUCAAGACCAACGCCUGGUACCCAGGCGGCGGGGUUGGUCCCCCUACCGUGCUUCCGCAGGAGCGCCGCCCUGCCGAUCCAUGGUGCCGCGAUGAACACCAUGAACACCGGCCCUCCUGGCAGGACGGCCACGGUGGCGGCGAACGAGCGUGGGCCGAGCACGCCGAGGACGUUCGGCACUGCCGGGAUGAGCGCUGGCUCUGGGACGGCAGACCCGGCGGUGGCGGCGGCGGCGAUAGUGACGACAGGCCGCCCUGGAAAGAGCGGCACGCCGACGAUCGGACAUGGGACGAGGUGCCGUGGAAUGACCGGCACGAAGAUAAGCUGCCGCCGCAACCACCACCGCCGUGGCACGACCAGGCCUGGCAGGAGCGCCACGCCGACAGCAGGAGGCACUGGAGCGAGUGGCACGGGGACGAGAGGGAGCGGAAGACGUGGUGCCGUGACGGCGUUCCCUACGAGCCGUGGGACAACCGUGAGUGGAAUGACUCGCAUGCCGCCCUGGAGAGGGGCUGGGACGUGGCUGCUCACCGCGACGAUCGAACGAGGGGCAGCAGUGGCGGCGGCGAUGGCGGUGGCGUCGGCGGCGGCGGCGGCUGCACCGUCGGGCCCUACAACCAAGACUGGCUUGGGGAAUGCCCGGGACGGUCGUGGGACGGUCGGCCGAGGGAUGACGGUCGGCCGAGGGAUGACGGUCGGCCGAGGGAUGACGGUCGGCCGAGGGAUGACGGUCGGCCGAGGGAUGACGGUCGGCCGAGGGAUGACGGUCGGCCGAGGGAUGACGGUCGGCCGAGGGAUGACGGUCGGCCGAGGGAUGACGGGCGGCCGAGGGAUGACGGGCGGCCGAGGGAUGACGGGCGGCCGAGGGAUGACGGGCGGCCGAGGGAUGACGGGCGCUACGACGAGAGGAUGCAGAGGCCGCCGAAGCCCGCGGCGGCGCUGCUCAAUUCCUGCCCGGAGCAGCAUCCCCAGCCGGCGGUCUCGCCCAAGGCGUUCCGUCCGUUCGAGCUGAAGCCGCUGCGGCAAAAGAUCCUGAAGCCCGCCGAGCUUGACGAGCUCAACAAGAAGAAGCUCGGACAUUCUGAGACGGGGGACGGCGGAGGAAGUGGCACGAGGGAUGGAGACGAAGGCCCUCGGAUCACGGAGGAUGGAAAUGGCGCAGGCUCCAGCAACAAACUUUGCCAGGCAGCAGAGUCCAGCCAUUCCUCCUGCAGCAGCAAGACCCCCGACUCCUCACCAGACUUGAUCCUGCAGCAGUUGUACAGUGGACGGCCUGCCCCGAAGCUCCCCGACGGCGCGGGCAAGGAGAACGAAGAGGAAGAGGAGGAGGAUGAGGAGGAGCUGCAGCUUCGCCUGCUCGCUCUCAAGUCCGCCAGCCACAAGUGGCAGCAGAAGGAGCGCCAGGUGCUGCAGUCGAGCCGCGAGAAGCAGGCGCAGCCGCGCGCGCCGGCGAAGUCCAGGAGCUCCGGCGCCACGACGUCCAGGGUGUCGGCGUCGCGGGGGGCGCAGGCCAAGCCCAGGGCCACCCCGGCCAGGAGGAGGCCCAGCCCAGCUCCCCGCACCACCCGCACGACGGCGCGGCCCCUAGCACCUCCGCGCCCCAGCGCGAGAUCCUCCGCCGCCGUGGGGCGCACUCGGAGCUGGCAGGGGCGGCAGGAGGCGAUGGCGGCGGCGGCGGUGAGGAGGAGGAGGCGGCGCGACGACGAGGAGGCCGAGCGCCGGCGGCAGGAGGCCGACGAGAUCCGGCGCAUCCGGGAGCUGCCCAGCACCGAAGAGCAGUACGUGCGCUUCAUGAAGAUUCUGGGCGACCGCGGCGGCGCUGGCGGCGGCGCCUCGGCCGCCUCUCCCGGCGUCGCGGGCACCGGCGGCGGAAAGGCCGGAGACGUGGAGGUGAGGAGGCCGCGGGAACGGCGCGUGUCGGAGCUUCGGGCGAACCUGUUCCAGCACGACAACUACGAGGAGGUUGCCAUGGAGGUGGACAGCGAGAGCAACUCGCCCAUGCCCAUGUUUGCAGUGGUGUCUCCGCAACCCUUUGCCGUACACGGGGAAGGAUUGUCAUCCCUGGGCCUCCCCGUGCAGGCCUUCGCGCCACACAGCCUGCUCCAGGUGUCGUCCUUCACGGAGGCGGCGGCGGUGACGAGACACGUGGAGGCCGCCCUGCCGGGUCCCGUGCCCCCCGAGCCCUGCGAGCCCCCUCCCCUGCCCCCCGGGGAGCCCGAACAGCCCCCGAAGCCCCCCUUCGAGGACGAAGCGGAGGAGGAAGAGAUGCUGCUGCGGGAGGAGCUGCUGAAGUCCAUUCAGAUCAAGCGUGUGACCAAGCCAGAGAAGGAAGAGGCGGACUUGGAGGCUGCUCCCGAGAAGACAUCGUCACCGCUGCCACCGCCACCGUUGCCGCCACCGCCACCGCCGCCGCCGCUGCUGCUGCUGUCCAUGCUGGCGACGUCCACGCCGAUCAGCAGAAACGGCAUGGACGCCGCACCCCGUUCGGCCGCGACGCCGACACCCUUCCCCUCGACCGUUUCCCCCACCGCCGCCGCUGCAACCGCAGCCAGCAGCGGCGUCAUCGCCGCCGCCACCACAGCCGCCGCCGUUACCACGACCGCCGCCACGGGUGGCGGUGGCAUCUCGCGGCUGCAGCAGCGAAUCCCGCCCGCCAAGCGACCCAAGAUCACGCUUCCGCAGCACAAGUCGGUGGUGGUGAGCCUCGGCGGGGACUCCGACUCGGACACGGAGGGCGAGGCGGCGGCCGCCAUCGGCUCUCGGCUCCUCGGCACCGGCCUGCUGGAGAUGAUGAUCAAGGAGGCGCGACGCACGGCCGAUGCAGCUAAACCCAAGCCCAAGUCGAACGCCACGGAAGAGAACAGGGACCCCCAGAAGACGCCCGAGGCGAUGCCUGACGCGCAGAAGCCGGAAUACCGCCGGCUCCGGGAUGAGAUCAUGAAGCGCGAGCGACUGAGGCUGGGGGGCAUGGAGAUCACACAAGGUUCCCCGGCCACAUCGGACACCGACACGGAGCCCGGGGGCGGAGCACAGAGCGCCGCGCUCAGCAGCACCAUCGCCGACACGGAGACGCAGCUCGGCAGGCAGAGGCAGGCGCUGGCCAAGGACUCGUUGCUGCUGUCGCAGCUGGUGGCGCAGAAGGAGAAGAAGGCGGAGGGCGUCCGCCUUGCCGAGAUGAAAGCGUUGCGCCUGCGGGAGCAGCUGCGGGCCACGGAGACGGUGCUCUCGGCCAACUCCACGCUGAUGCGCAAGAUAGACGAGCAGGUGGAUCGCAUCAAGCAGCGGAUGGACUCGAAGGCGUUUGUGGUGGGGCAGCUGGAGGAGGAGCUGGCUCGGGCCCGUGCCCUCGUCAGCAAGCACCUGGGCAAGGGGCUGCCGAACGUCAGCCGCCUGGCGCAGCCGCUCGCCGGCGUCGGAGAUGGAGGAUUGCCAGUGACCAAGCGCGUGAAGCUGGACCCGGCCCGCGGGGGCGGCCCCAGCAACCUCCGGCAGGAGUUUAUCGCGCGCGAGAAGCUCCGCUUGCAGGGCCUGGAGCAGGAGUACGCCGAGAAGAUCCGGCGUCUCAAGGCGGCGCAGAGCGGCGGUGGCCCGGCGCGGCCGAAGACCGGCGUGGCAGUUGCCACCGCCGCGGCUGCCGCCGCCGCCGCCGCCGUCGCCGAAGUGGCCGCGGUCGUCAAAAUCGCCGCAGUCAAAAUGGCCGCGGUCACCGAAAUGUCCGCGGUCGCCGCCACCGAGGGGCAGAAGAAAGCGCUGCAGGGCGGCAGGUUGCGCAGCGCGCGGUGCAGCGGGCAGGCCCUGUCAACGCCGCCGGCCGCGCCCACCGUCAGCCAACCGUCGCUGCACGACCUCUCGCAGGACAAGCUCACGUUCGGUCCCGUCGAGGAGGGGGAUGCCGAUGACGCGGCGGCGCAGGCGACGCCGGCACGGGCAGGGGCGGCGGCGCCGGGCGAGCGGCCGGGGCCUCCGACUUCCCCGACGAGCGCGACCACGCCGCGCCGGCUUUCCCUGACGGGCGGCGGCCUCGUCACGCGACCCAACCUGCCCGGGGCGGACGGCCUGUCGGGCAAGGACGCGACGCCAAGCCGGCUCCGCGGUGGCCCGGAGGCUCCCGCGGCCGCCACAGCCGUCGGGGCCGCUAGGACCGGGCGCGGCUCUGUGGCUGCGGCGCCGGAGGUCGAGGUUGCCCGGCAGCCGGUGACGAGGUCCAGCAAGCGCCGGAGAGGGGCGGCCGGAGCCAGGGGCGUGGGACGCGGGCGAGCGAAGGGCGCGGGCACGGCGGAGAAGAGUGCCGGUGCCGGCAAGGCGGUGGCAGGGGGAGACCUGGGACUGCUGGCCCAGGCCGAGGCCGAGGGCCUUGAGCUGGAGGCGGUGCUUGCUCAGUUCUCGAGGAUGCUGCUGCCGGCGGAGGGGCCGACGAGCAGCGAGGAGGAUGUGGUGACGGGCGUGGACCUGGUGCGCCUGUCGCGCCCGGCCGUCCGGGACUGCGUGGCCGAGCCGUUUGGCCCCUACAAGAGCCCGCUACUCGCGUUCAAGACCUACAGGUUCAGCACGUACUUCCGCACCAAGGAGCAGCUGCUGCUGAGUUCGCCGUCCUUCAGCAACAAGGUGGAGCCGCGCUGGAGCUUCUGUCACUUCGAGCUCACGGGGACGUGCAACGACGAGGACUGCCCCUGGCAGCACAUGGCGGACUGCACUCUGAGCCGGGAGGAGCUGUUCCAAGACAUCCUCUCGUAUGACCUCCCCCUGCUGGGCUGUACAAGUGAAAGUUCCCCGAAGCAGAUAGUUGCCGCGGCCGAGAGCUACGUGCGCGGCGUACUGGGCCCCAACACGGAGCGCGUGACGGCCGAUCAGGUGGCCGUGCUGCUCGUCGGCAAGGUCAACGAGCGCGCCCGCCACCAACCCCCCUUCACCACGUUCAAGGAGCGGCGGGCGUGGCGGCCCGUGGCCGUGAGGAAGACAAACGCGGCGGGGACGGCCGGCGGGAGCGACAGCGAGAGCGGCGGCGACGACGGCGACCGCGGGGCGCUCCCCGGGCCCGCCAAGUCCGGUCCAGCCGUGGCACCGUCCGGACAGGUCGAGGUGGCGGCGGCGUGCAGCGAGCGCUACUUCAGCGUCGGCUCGGACGACGCCGCUCGCCUCGAGGAGGCCGUGGAGCGGAGCCCCGGCGACAUCCAGCUGUGGAUCAAGCUGUCCUACAAGUACCUCCACCAGCCCGAGUGCGACCCCACGGAUGCGCUCAACGCGGCCCUCAACUGCCUGUCGCGCGCCCUGGAGGUGAACCGCAGCAGCGGCGAGGUGUGGGGUCGCUACCUGGCACUGUUCGCCGGCUGCGUCGGCAGCCACGAGGAGCUGCAGGAGAUGUGCGAGGUGGCCGUGGGCUACGCGCCCGACCACGGACUGUGGUGGCAGUACCUCUCGCUGGAGCGGACGUACGAGGGCAAGGACUACGUCUGCUCCCGUCUGCUCCAGUUCCUCGUGGCCACGGCGCCGGCGCCGGCGCCGGCGGCGGCGCCGGCGCCGGCGGUGGCGCCGGCCGACCGACGCCUGCACUCGCACCGACUGCUCGAGGCCCUGCUCUACCGCGUGCAGCUCAACGUCUGCACGGGGCGCCUGCAGCUGGCGCUCGCAAUCUUCCGGCAAGCGCUGACUGCCGCUGGCACCGCCGGGAAGGAAGAGCGGCAAAAGGCGACGCGGGAGCCGUGCGUGUCGGCGCUGCUGCUGCCUGCCGACCGCGCCGUCGCGUGGCUCUCCUACCUUCACGCCGUCGAGUUCGGCGAGCUGCCCUCCGCCCUCGCCGACCCGGCCUGCUCGCUGCCCGGCGCCCUCGUGCGCAAGGAGCCCUUCGUGCUGCCCUGGCGCCGGCGCGGCGACCUCAAGACGCCGCCGGCCGCGCUGCUCGCGCUGCUGCAGGAGGCCGUGCGAGCCUGCUCCAGUGAUCCGGGCGGCGCUGACGACGACUGCAGCGACGGCAGUGGCGACGCCCGAGCAGAGACGUUGGCCGCGUGCCUGCCCAUCCACAGGAACGCACUGCGCGUGCACGCGCUGUGCGAGAGCUGGGACGAGGCGCUGGCGCUGUGCGGCGCGAUCUGCGCCGAGGCUGCCGGGGGUCCGCUGGAGCUGGAGGCGUGCGCGGCGCUGGCGGAGACGCUCGUGCAGAGGGGCGACGCGGCGGAGGGCGCGAGGGCCUGGCUCGGGGCCCUGCUGCGCCGGCCGAGGGACGCGCGCCUCGCUUACCACUGCGCCAAGUUCCUCGCCGCCCACGCUGUGGAGGAGAAGCCGAUCGCUGUGCUAGAGUCGCUCGCGGCGUCGUUCUUCGCGGAGGAAGGGGCUGCCACCACCGAGCUCCUGUUCAGGUCGCUGCUCGGGUGCCCCGUGCCGUACAACUUCCGAGCCCCCGGCUUUGCGGCCGGAGUCUCGCGCGAGACGCUGCAGGCCCAGCAGGGCUACCUGUGGCUCUGCUACUGCUCCUGGCAGGUGCUGGCGAGUCCCGCGGCCGGAGCGACGGACGCCCACGAAGCUGCGCUGGGGGCCCAGCUGACGGCGGAGCCGCUGCGGCUGCUGUGGUUGGACUACCUGACGCAGGCCAAGGCGAGGCUGCUGGCGUCGGCGAGCAAAGCGCCGGAGCUGCGGUCGUUCACGGCGCUCGUGCACCGCUGCCUCGCCACGGUGCCGGUGCGGCGCGCCCUCCCGCACUCCUCCGCCAAGUACUGGGCCGACUACACCUUCCACAACCAGGUUGUGGACGUGUACGUGGGCUGCCUGCCUCCCUGCCAACGCUCGGCGGCGCUGGAGAGGCUGCACGCGCUGGCGCCCACCAACGCCGCGCUGGCCUUACGGUUGCUGGUGGCGGAGGCGGAGGAGGGAAACGUCCACAGCGUUGCUCUGCAGGCCAAGCUGCUGAUCCAGAGGCUGCCCUCGUGUCUUUUCAUCUGGAAAAUAGUCAUCGCUGCCACGAGAAAACUUCACGGCCCGUCGGAGCUGCGGCGCCUGUUCGUCCGAGCUCUACACUGCCUUCCACUCUCCGCAUCGCUCUGGAAAGAUGUAACCAACCGCACCGCACGAGCGCUCGCGACACACACAGGGUGGCGGCAGCGGCGAUGGUGGCUGCUAGGUUUAUUUGCUCUGCAGGUUUUCGGGGAUGCGUUGGGAAGGUCAAGGCCGAGUUAUCACUCCCCCGGCCGAUGCUGCUGUGGUGUCACGGUUAACACGCUAGACUUGCAAUCCAGAGGGCGCCGGUUGGAUUUCAUCUCCCGGCGGAAAGUUUCUUAAAUCUGCCCGCCCGCCUUUCUGCACCCAGCAGCAUAAAUGGGCUUCACCGGUCGGAUCGGUAGGUCAUGUGUGGUGAGGUAAAGUGUGGUUACAUCUAGGUUUUGGGUAAAGACCUCCCCACAGCCGAUGCCCAUCCCUCUUGCGAUGCAGCAAUCCAUCUCCGGCACGCGAGCCGAUUUCAUCGCUCCGUUUCCGGGGUGGCCAUCCCUCCCCGGGCGUUUCUCUGCGUUGACCGACAAUCCGUCAGCGGUCUCAGCCAUUGGCCAUGCCCAAGCGCGCACUUAACUUUGCUUAACGGGCGACGUCCUGCAAUUUUUCCCGAUGCGUUCCUCCGUCUGUCACUUAAGUGCAAUUCGAAUCGCACAUCUCAUCACGCUUUGCACGCUUUUCGUUCCAUUUUCUUUUUUUGUCCACGUGCCAUGCCCUCUGAUUGUAUCAUCGUGGGUAAUUUAAACUCGAUGAAUACUGAGGAUGUUGCUUUGCGUUACGCGAAGUUUCAGUUUUUCAAAAAGCACUCCAGAACCUGCCGUCCGCUCGCCCAUAUUUCAUCGUCUUGAUCCCGGUCCGCCUUCUGAUGUGCUUUCUAAUCGUGUCCCUCCCAACAGAUAUCUCCUCUCGAUUGACAAGCGUUGUGCUCAACUUACAACAAUAACAUGUCGAGACUAACACACCACGGCAAGCGCCGAGAAAAGUGUAAUCUUCUCUGCCAAGAGCCGCCCCCCCCCCCCACGCUAUUGCUUGGGGAUCAGCUGCUCGGAUCGUUUUAAAAAAAAUACUGCCAUUCUGUGCCUCUUCUCUAGCUGCAUCCUUCCCUCUCGCCCUCGGGUCUCCCUCUUACUCCUUGCGCAGUGCACCGGUGGCAUCCCCAUCGUCGUUCUAAUUGCGUCGUCUUUGUCUCUUGUCCAACACGUGCUCGUUCCGUCCCAAGUCUUGCC